CUCUGACUUGGCCUAGCGACAUAAUGCCCAAUGGUAAUCAUGCUAUCAUUUCAAAUUCAAUUAAUUCAUGUGAACGGAUCGUGAUCGAUCGCCCGGCAUCGUUAGAAGGAUUUGUCGCUACUGGAUUAUACUACUACUCUUCCAUAAGCUGCAUGUCUUUAACAGCAGACAUCACUACGCAAUGAUUGUUCAUCGAAAGGUUGACCAGCUUUCGUGUGAUGAAAUUUUAAUAAUUCAACCAGGUGCGAUCACGUGGGACACGUAGGGUAAACAGCGGACGAUCAAGGUGUAUCACACCAACAACUGUUCACUUUUGUUAGGAAAUCUGAGAAAACGAUAAAUGUAACUGCGGUCUAUCUUGGUUAACCUGUCCGUGGAUUAUCUGCAAAAGUUGUAACAUGUUAAAGUCUGUUCUCAUACCGUUGCAUUUCUAUUUUAUCAUUAUAUUUCCUGCUACGCGUUUGAGCAAUAGUUCCACAUUAACUUUUCACGGGGAUACGGCUUUACUAAGAAUGUGAAGAAGGAGGUUAUGUGAACUCAACAGUAUACAAUCCCCAACAGCAAAUGAUACAUGUACUGUUGGAACGCCAUUGUCGUUUCGGCGAAGCGUUUUACUGUAAACGGACGCUUUAUUAAUAGUAAGCUUUGCUGACCGUGAAAAGUGUCUAGAUUAGUAAUUCUCAAAACUUUUUUUGGCUCGCGGCGAACUGAGAAAAAAAAAAAUUUGCGGCACACUUGUGCUAUAAAUAAAUUUAGGAUCAACUGAAGAUUCUCCCCUCCGGACCCGCCUGAGGAGGAGAUUCUUCAGUUGGACUCACCCUGGGAUUCUUCAGUUGGUCUUAGUUGGGGUGGAGAUUCUUCAGUUGAUCCCGUUUCCUAACUGAAGAAUCCCCCUCCUAUAACCCACCUAACCCGAUCAUACCAGUUGAUCAAUCAUUUGACCUAGACUAAUUAUUUGGUAGGGUUAGGGUUAGAUGGUCUUAGUUGGGGUGGAGAUUCUACAGUUGGUCUUAGUUGGGGUGGUGAUUCUUCAGUUUGGUACCCUGGGGGGAGGAGGGAUUGUUCAGUUGAUCCGAAAUUUAUUUUGCAAAUUUAAAUGCGACGUGUGUGCCUGUUUUGAGAAACAAUAGAAACGAGGUUCCGUCGAUCACUUUUUUGCGUUUUAUUUCAGUCAGAGCCGAAAAUACGUGUUCACAGAGCCAUGGAGAUGCAAAUGGCUAGAUUCUUUUGAUAGCUUUUGCACCUAUGAUAGAAUGAAAUUUGUAAGCAGGUAGACAAACUCGUCCAAACUUACUUUCCUGUUAGCCUAACUAAGCGCGCAAGUUAACAUGGCGGAAGGUGUACGUCUCGUUUGCAAAUGCAUUAUAACAUAAAAAUAUUAUCAGUCUAAUAAUGGAUAGUGUGCACUCGAGUCUCACAAGCUUGUCCGAUGCAUGCAUGCCUAUGUGUAAUACGAAUAGCUUAUUUUCUAAUAUUCCAAUUCCAAUAAUUGCCGCGGCACACAGUUUGAGAAACGCUGGCCUAGAGAACAUCGUUCUCUCGUUUUGUCCACCCCGCCUGCUUACGCAAGAGAGAAAUAAAUCCUGCGUGUCCGCUCACGGGUUAACGCCCCGGGCUCUGCAGUUUCGUAGAUCCGGAAUACAGGCGCCACCUUUUCAGUUCGGUUUUCAUUUAUUUUCAAGCAUUUAGGCGGAACCUCGUGAAACCACUUACAUCAUAUAGAUGAAGGCAAUAACAUGAUAAAAUACUCAUGAAAUCACCGUUUCUCCAUUAUAACCCUGAACGCCAACAAACACAAUACCCACAUUGGACAUGUUGGGUUAUAUUCUAAUAGUGGUUUGUCAUGUGUUUUUCAACCCCAACUUCUUCACCUACAACUUCAUAUUAGAUAUCUAUAGAUAGUAUCUAAACAUUUGUUUGGUGGUGGAAUUACUGUUGACUGCUGGCGAAUAAUUAUGUGAAUAUGAAAUCCAUUCGACCUCCAAUUAGCAAUUCAGAAACAAGACUGAAGUUUCAGGGUUAUCAAGGACUAUAUUUACAACUUUUUUCGCAAUUUUACAAGUAUCUAUCAGCUUCCUCUAAUCUUAUGUCCUCAGUUUAUAAAUGAACGUUUUCAUUUCUUUUACUUUCGGAUAUAUACAUUGUUGUUUUUGAUGGACAACAUACAUCGAGGAUAAGAUGUUUCAAACAAGGUUAUACGAUGCCGCUAACUACUCAAGUUUAUUCCGUAAAAUUGCCUAAAACUUACGAACGGCGUAUUUAUCCUCGUAAUUAAGUUACUCGGAUUAUUCCAAGAACAAUACACUACUAGCGUGCGAUAUCACUGGUUGCUGUAUAAUAAGCUUUUGAAAUCAUUCGGAUCGAAGUUGCAUUUUAACUUUAUUAGCAAUGAACGACGGGGGUUGCAUGAGUAAAACUAAUCGAACGGCGAUGGAUGCAUUGCAUCUUGUAAUAUCAUUAGCAUGGCUACGAGGCUACGAGGACUUAUUACAUAACUUUAGUAAGACUAAUUUAUUUAGUAAUAUUUUAUCAUUGUUCCAACAUCAUCCCAAAUUUUUUUCUCAAAAAUUUGAAAGUAAUUUGAGGAUUAAAGUUAUUUUUUCUGGGCCAGUGCAAAAUUUAAUACGUGAAAAAUAUAUUGAUUUAACUUAAUGCAAGAAUAUUUUCCUAAUUUUGCCUUCUUACAUAAAAUGGUUUACAUAUUUUUUAUUAAAAUUAACCAUAAUUUGAUCGAUGCUAUUUUUACCAAUAAUUAUUUAUAGGAGGUUUGUUUUGGAUGUGAUGUCAAGUGUUCAGUAUGUGUCCUCCAACAUUCGCCUGUAAUGUAAAACCCUUUAAAUACUUUACAGAUUGCACUCUAUCUUUGGCUAUGGCGAUGUUUGUAGUUAUACACAGAAGAUACUCGGUGGAAAGUUUAUGUAGGAAUUUUCGUAUCGUGUAAUCGAUUUACGUGCAGUCUAUUUUUUCGCAUAGUGGCGAAUGUACGCAGAGAUUAUGUUGUACUAGAGCAGCGCUUAAAAGUUGAUAGACAAGUCAAUACAGUGAGUGCUGCAUUUUAUAGGCUGUAUUUUAAGGCCUUAAUUUAUGUGAUAGUACCAUACUUGUAAACGUCUAGGCUUGAUUUAAACGAUGGUGAACGGUAUAUCAAUCCUAGUGAUUCGGAUGACUUGAAAAAUGUACUUUCUAUGUGGCUAAUAAUUGUGAUGAAAGUAGAUGUUGAAAGGUGAUAUUCUCUGUCGACAUUCCGAGUGCUUUCGCCUUUGACGAUCACGUAUCCGUGAUAGGACAUUGUAUUGUUGUUCAAUUAUUGUGGUUGCAGUUUCUCCGAUUCAAAAUGUAGCAUUGUUUUUAUGUGUAAUUAACAACAAUGCCGCUUAUCAGUCCUUUCAUUAAAACGUGACGAAUCAGGCAUCAAUUCGUUUAUUUUAAACGACCCAAUGGAGUAAAAUGUUUGCCAGAUAUUGUCCAUCCAUGGAUGGCAAAGGUUCAGUUAUUUUUCUUGUUGUUUGUGUAGAUCUACUCCAAUGUGUUCAAAAGCUGAAACGGUAAAAGUAUAAUAUGUCGUUCACUUUUAGUAUUUUAAGGCUAACGUCAGUGUGAAGAAUUUGAGAGGCGGGAUGACAAAUAAAUGCCCAGGUUGUCAAUACGCGGUUAUAUCAUUAAGUUAUUGACUAUUACUUUGUGGAAAAAUGACGAUCUAUUAGUAAUGUGUCAUGUUUUGUUUUGUUUUUGCUCUGAGUAAGUUUGAAACUAAUGAAUAUAGUUAGCCGCGAUGUCCGCCAUGAAUUUCAAUACAUCGAUAUAUGUGUAGUAUUUUUGAAUUUUAAUUUGCUUUUCAAGCAAAUCGCUGUUGUGUUCCGUUGUGAAAUAAAAUUAUUUUCGUAUAUUCAUAUGCUAGGUUUGAAUUAUGUUAACUUAAUGACUUCAAAUAUUACUUCACAAACGUCUAAAUGGACGCUUUUCGCUUCGUAUUCUGACUUUGGUGUUAAAAACCCACGACUGUGUUUUUUUGUGUCAAUUAUGGUGGUUCGACCUAGAUCAAGAUUCAUCUGCGAAUAAUAAUAAAAAUUUUCCGAGCACCUGAGCUGAGAGUGAGAGCGUCUUUGAACUAUUAUCUGCCGCGUUUUCUAAAUCUAAAUUACGCGACUUAAAUGUUGUCAAUUUUUGCGUGAUUCCCGCAAUUGCGGUGUGUAGUCUUUACUGGUGGUUAACCCGCGACUUGCGUGAAUUUGCCUCAAACGGCAAACAAUCUUUUUACUAAUAUCAUGCUGAUCAAUCUUAUAGGAAUACCAAAUUGUGUACUUAUUACUUUUCGUAUUUUAAAGCAUUUCGGAAGCGAAAUUGUGCGUGUCCCGUUUUGUCCCGCUCUACAAUAUACGUAAUCAGUGAAAGUAAUAAAAGUCAUAUUUACUCCUAGUUUGGCGAUAUAGCACGCUUUUUAUACUUUUAUAGUUUAAAAUACCCUCUUGUACACUAAAUUGUCGGCGCCCCCUUCUUGAUGAUGCUUAAAAAGUGUAAUGGACUAACAUCACACUCGUUGAAUACACUUCGAAUUCACACUGGGGCGAUGGUACGUUUAGAUUUUCAUCUCCCGGAGCUAAUUCUCAAAUCUAUAACAUCUCAAGAAGUUUAUGUGAAGAAUUUUUCUGAUCAAAUAUUUCAACUUGAUAGGACCUAUCGAUUUUGGAUCAUCCAAAAUUCGAUUUUGCUAAGGGGUACGCGAGCCAGGUUGAUACACUUCUAGUCUGAGUAUCUAAUCAAAUGCUAUUGAGACUAUUCUAGGUACACAAUAAAUCCAUGCAAUAUCAUAAAUUUCAAUAUCUGGUAUUACAUUGCCACUCCGAUGUAAUGUGGGCUUAUCGAGGGUAUUACGUGAGUUAUUUCAUUUUUAUUGCGGAUUUUCUUACGAAAUCAGUUACUUUUUUCGUCUGUUACACUACGUUGCUUCAGUAUUGUAAAUUUGUAAAUUUCUCGAGAAUUCAUGAUAAAAUGUUUUCGAUGUCCUAAUAUGCUUUAUAUUAGAUAUUGAACCUGUCGGAACGAUAGAAAAAAAGUAAGUUUAAAUGAUUGUAAAUGUAGCAUGCCGACGGACUUAUGUGAAAUGAGAAAUUCAAGCGAAUUUUUUUUCAUUCGGCAUAUUCGGUUUGCCGUAAGCCGUUAAAAGUUGCGUUUAGUUCCAAUUUUCUACAUUACAAAAAAAACUCGCCAAAAUUACUCUCGCCCGGUAAAUACUCAGUCUAUACAGUGAGUAGAUUAAAACAAUAGCAAUUUAAUUCUCCCUUAUUCGAUCAUUGUGAUUACAUUGGGGGUAGAGGAUGGAAUUUAUAACAUUUCGUGCAUGAAAAGUGUUACCCACAAAUAUACAUGCGAUUUAUUUCAAAUCUCGUAUAAGCGAAGAAAAUGCGUCUCAAUUUUAACAUCGAUCUCGAUUUUUUUCUGGCCGAUAUUGUAUUUCGUAGCAAAUCCGUUGGCGAAUCUCUCACUUGUUAUGACUGACUUGCCGUCAAAAAUGGAAGAGGUGGCGCUGGCGUGCAUUGAUGCGUUUAACUGGUAUCGAGAAAGGCUGAACGAGCUUCUUACCAUUCGCGCGUCAGAGCUUUGAACGAAACGUCGUUGGCGUGAAUAAUUACCUUCGCUGGAUUUGAAACGAAAGACGGAUGUUCGAUAUUUAAUUCCUACAAUUAUACCAGGUGGUGUAGCAUACAGGUUAUAAAAUAAAAACUUAUCAAAUAAGCUAUAGAAGCCAUGUGAAGCACGAAAGGUUAGAGUCUCAUUCAGGAGAAGCAGUACGACUAACCAGAAGUAAUAUAUUUUGAAAACAAAUCGUGGAUAAUGUUUACUCCGAAGCCAGGGUUUCAACGAACUAGAUCUUACUCAGAUGGCUGUAUAGAAGACUUACGCCGAGAUGAUAUGUUGGGUGACUCGACAGAUUCGCCGAAAAAAAAACCAUGCUACGUUUGUGCAACAAUAAUGGGACCCGCACUCGAUAUCUCGCCGGACCCUGGUGAAGUUACCAAAUACUGUGAAAAUGAUAGCGAGUCGGAGGCGGAAUUACAACACUAUUCGCAAGUAUCCGACGAUUCUAUGGAAUUAUAUGCGGCAAGGAAAAGGGCCAGAAAAGAAAAAAUCAGACGCCUCCAGCAUGAACACCAACAAGCUAUGCUAAAAUUGCAAGAACGACGAAGACGAAAGUGGUCGUCCGACGAAACGAAAACUAGGUCUGGUCGCCUUGUCAGAAAUGUCACAAAUAUUUGGCAUUCCUUAUUCGACGAAAAGACCUACAUCGUUGUCAACCAGCAAGAAACUACUUUUCGUUUCAGCGAGUCAAAAUCACUCUUUAUUUUUGAUCGAACAAGUAAAAUCCGACAGUUUUGCAUCAACCUUUUCAUUCGUCCACUUUUCUCUCAUUUUAUAAUGAUGGUUAUCUUAGCCAAUUGCGUGUGUAUGAUGCUGGCGGAACCUCCGCCCUGGAUAGAAGACUAUCUGGAGCAUGUUUUCACCGCCAUAUACUGUUUUGAAGCUGCAAUAAAAAUAAUAGGAAGAGGAUUUAUAUUGCAUAGAUUUGCAUACCUUCGCGACCCUUGGAAUUGGUUGGAUUUCAUAGUGAUUGUAUUUGCAUUAAUUACGGCAUUACUAAAAGAUCUCGUGGGACAAUUUUCCGUUCUUCGUGCUUUUCGUGUGCUUCGAGCUUUGAAAACAAUGUCAGUUGUGCCUGGGCUGCGAGGCAUUGUCAAGGCGCUGCUUAGAUCGAUACGUGCUCUUCAGGAUGCCGUCGUUCUUACUAUAUUUUGUGUUUCGGUGUUUGCUCUCGUUGGUUAUCAACUGUUCAGCGGGACUCUGCGAAAUAAAUGCGUUUUAAUACCGGGUUCUCUGUCAGUGGGGCCAGACGCAAUGUACGUCGUAGAUUUGAAUAUGGCACCGAAACAUGAAGAUUAUUUUAGUGUAGCAGCUUCAACUGACUAUUCGAGUUCAACAUUCAAAAACGAUUCAAAUUUUACACAUACUCUUGUCAAACAAUCAUACAACAGUCCGGGGGUAUCGCCUUUUGCACUGAUCCCACUUUAUAAUACCUCGCGUGUUGAAGGAGAAACCAUAUAUGAGGGAAUUACAAACUUCGUGGAGACUUUACAUUGGAAUAGCGAAGACGCUAAUUUAACGUCAACUAUCCUCGAUCGAUUAAACGAAACUUUGGCCGAAAAAUAUCGAGGUUAUUUAAGUACAAAGAAAAAUAAUAUAAAUAAAACAAGAGACAGUAAUGCGACAACAAUGAAAAAAAACGAAUAUAAAGAAUCGUGUGAUACAGUUUUCCAACACUGUUUAGCGUACGAGCAGAUAAAAAUUCGGACUACUUCUCAAUGUUCUAUUUUGAACAUGGCAAUUCAUAUGAGUCACCGAGAUUCCAUAAUUAAAAGUAAUUGUGAAUAUAUCGACAGCGUUAGCAAUGGCGUCAAAUUUUACGUUCCCUCGGCCGAAAUAAUGCUUAAUUCAACCACAUUCACUCACGCACGUCCUGCAACUACACGGAAUAGUAUGCAUGCAGUUUCAGUAUCGUGCAAUACCUCUUUUGAAGUGUUAGCAGGUAAUAUUUCUUGUAUGUACGAGGCGAUCAGAUCGAGAAGGUCGUCAAACUCUUCCGUUGACUUCUCGAAUCAUUCUUGUUAUCAUAAUAAUACAUGGUUGAAAAUAAUUGCUUAUGGAAAAACAAAUAUUCCUCGCUGGAGAGCCCGCAAAAGCGUGGUAUUAUUUCGACUAUCGAAAGUUUCUUCCACCGACCGGUCGAAUGCGACUGAUACGAAAUCACUGGAUCCAAUCAAAUUUUUUAACAAAGAAAAAGGUUUCCUUAUUUUUGGAGAAUACACACGGGAAGAGUUGAGCACAGAGGUCGAGAAAGAAUGGGAUUGUAAUGAAAAUAAUUACAUCUUGAGAUCAGUGGAUAGUGGAAUGUAUUUUUACCAGAAUUCAUCAAAUAGGCCGAACCGGGAACCACUGUACUGUACGUCAGGAGAGAACUCCGUGUGUCCAAUCGCGUACGAAUGCAAGCAAGCUGGCGGAAAUCCAGAUUUCGGUUAUACAAACUUUGAUCAUUUUUUUUGGGCCUUCCUCACGUCAUUCCGACUCAUUGCGCAAGAUGCAUGGAGCCGCCUCUUCUAUCUGACACUUCAUACGAUCGGAAAAAGUUACGUUGUCUUCUAUAUCAUUGUAAUGUUUUUGGGGUCAUACUAUCUUAUUAACCUAAUACUAGCUGUUGUAUAUAUGGCUUAUGAAGAGCAACAAGCUGUAGUUGAGGACGAAGAACUUGAAGAAGAAGAGCAUAAAGCAGAAAUAAGGGAACUUGAGGCAAGCAGCGAUGACAACAGCUCUAGAACACAAGAUGAUGAAAGUGGCAGUAGAUGUGACAGUGUACGUAGUGGAUGUGUCUCCGAAGGAACUCGUAGGUUCGGAUUGAUUACCACGUCGCUAACUUCGAUAAAUGAUGCUGGUGGGAUUCGAAUACGUCAUCGGAGCAGUAAGCGUUCUAGAUAUGGUCAUAGGAGGACCCCGGUUCGCUUAGAUCAGGAAUCAGAACAAUUAUACAGACAACACACUAAAAAGUAUGGAGAUGGUUUAUUUAAAGAACAUUCAGAUAUGACCUCCGGAAGGGACCAUAGAACAUGCAGGACAAAACAACCAAAUAGACAAGAUUCUUUUACAAGCGAAGCGUCAUUUGUCUUAAAUUCGGAGAAGACUACUUGUUCAAAUCCUAGCAGACAAAUUGAAAUGCCCGCAUUUCGCAAUCGUUGUUCUUAUAUACGAGGAUGUCGUGGCUCACAUAAUGUUGACAGAAAAUUGGGUUCCACAGAGAACUUCAUUUCGGUUAAAAAGAAAGAAGAACAGCCGGUUUCGCUUUUUGUUACACCUGUCCAUGAACCAAAAUAUGCUGAAAAUACUCCAGACCCUGUCGACAUGAAACUUCGUAACACAAAAUUAGACGUCAUCAAUGUAAAUUUUGAGAUGGGAAGGUCAUCCUCAAUCUACAGCUCUGGAAGCGAUAUUUCAUCGAAAACUGAUGAGGCUGUGAUGUUGCCCCCACUGUCAUUUUGCGAGCACUGUAGGCGGAACAGAAUAUCUCCCAGGAGCCGUACUGUUUCAGAAAAUUUACCUACUACUUUACUGGACCCUCCAGCAUUACGAGGUAAUCAAGAUUGCAUGAAAUCAAACGACGAAAUACCAUGCUUUCUGCAAGUUGCUACCGACUGUACAAGUCGCUUUAGUGGAUCUACAUCUUCUACUUCUGGUUUAUUUGAAGCGACCGAACGGGUAGUUCAGGCCGAAAUAUCCCCAACGUGUCAUUGGUUAUCUCCUCCGGCGCCAGCAAGAUGUUUAAAAAAAACAAAUAGAUUGACGUCCUCGAGUUCGUCUCCAAGUUCAUCCACCAUUAUUUCUAAUAAUAAAAAGUUUUCGGAAGACGGAUCAAGGGAAUCCGCAAGUAACACAAACAAAAGCGAUAACGAUUCGUGUAUACCACUACAAGUGCCUUCUCUGUUAGUGACAUCAGCAUCCUCCGAGCACAUUUCUACAAUGUCUGGUGUGCUCGACAGCAUUAAAUUAUACGACCAAUCCUGCGAAAACGGCGGCAAACUGGAAUCGGACGGAGAGAUUGCCUUGGCACGCCAUUCCUUGCCAGGUGCCGUGGACAAACCAGAAUUGAAGUCUAACGAUAAAGAAUAUGGCCCGGUGACUUCGCUGAACGAUAUAGACCGAAUGCACACUUCGGCUUUCAAAACUUUACAGAAAAGGGCAACCCAGAAGAAAACUGCGUACGCAGAAGAUCAGACACUGCACAAUUAUAAAAGACGUUCCCGCGCGACAUAUCCUCGCUCUUCACUAGACAAACCUGACAGCAGCAGUGCAGUCGACAUUGGUACAUUUGCGAUUCAGCAUAAAGGUCAAUGUAACAGGCAAAUUCAUGGACAAUACGAUUUACCCGAUACUAUUGCACCUUACCGUAAUCUGACAGCUAAUGACGAUAUUGCCGAUUUUGAGGUGCCUUUGGUCAAUGGGCGACAAGGAAACGUUCCGUUGGCUUCCGUCGAUUCUAAUGAAACGAAUGGAAACCGAACAAGAAAGAAACCAUUAAAACGAGUUAUCAGACAUUAUUUAUUGAGCGCCAAACGCAGUUGGAUCGAUGUUUUUUGUAUGUGGACUUGUUGCAGUCCGCGAUGGGUGAAAUUCCAAAGUUUUGUUCGAGGAUUAGUACUAGACCCGUUUAUGGAUUUAUUCAUAACUCUUUGUAUAUUUCUUAACACUGUGUUCAUGAUGGCAGAAUAUCACCCCAUGCCGAAGUCACACGAAAAUCUGUUGGAGAAUGCUAAUCUUGCCUUCACCGUUGUCUUUACGCUGGAAAUGUUUUUGAAAGUUGUUGGGCUUGGUCCACACACGUAUUUUAGAGAAGCUUGGAACAUGUUUGAUGCUGUUGUAGUUAUAUCAAGUUUACUUGAAAUUGUUCUCAAAACUAUACCAGGCCUAUCUGUUUUACGAACUUUCCGAUUGAUGCGGAUUUUAAAACUCGCAAAAUCGUGGCCUACACUCAACAAACUCCUACGUAUCAUCGGACGAACAUUAGGAAAACUAUGGCAUCUCACCAUUGUAUUUCUCCUUGUAUUGUUUAUAUUUGCAGUUGUUGGAAUGCAAUUACUAAGAGAAAAAUAUAAAACUGAGUUUGGGGAUAAUAUGCCUAGAUGGAAUUUCGACAACUUCCCUCAUGCUUUCAUGGUUGUUUUUCGGAUUCAGUGUGGGGAGUGGAUAGAGAAUAUGUUCACCUGUAUGAAUGUGGCAUCACCGGGAAUUUGUAUUCCGCUUUUUAUUUUGGUACUGGUCAUCGGAAACUUAGUGAUUCUCAACUUGUUUCUUGCAUUAUUGCUUAAUUCAUUCAGUGGUGAUGCCUUACAACGCACUGAUGCUGAACCAAACAGUUUAGCAGAAGCAUGGCAACGGAUAUUAGGCUGGAUUGGAAAAGGGCGAAGAGCACUAAGGCAUUGUAACAUCGUUACUCACUGCUGCAAUAAAAUUCGUCUUCAAUUGUGUAUGGGACAGCAGACAGCUAGAACAAACAAAAAGUGUGAAGUUGUGAAGAAGAAAAAACGAGAACAAGAAUACAGGUCAAAUCUGGGAAUGAAUUUAUCAUCCAAUAGAACGGCGACGCUCUCAGAAUGCGAACCACAUAUGCCUGAAAUUAAGAACAAUUGUCUUAAUUCGGUUACUGCUCCUAGUAUAAUUCUGGGAAAAGUAAAUUUGUCGGAAUUGAAAAAAGACAGUUGUCAUUCUAGUAUGAGUAUGCGUGGCGAUAAGACAGACGAAACAGGGAUUUUAUGUGAUAAUUCCGAUUCAGAAAAAUACAAAACUGAAGAAUUAAUCAAAACACUUAACGACGGUGACGACCAAAAUCACGAUAAACACCACAGCCACUCUUUUCAUCGCCAUUCCAUCAACAGUCGGGGUGCGAGCGGGACUAUAAAACGUCGCAGACGUGAUUUGACAAGUUCCAAUAUGAAAAUAAGGUGUGACGGUUGUCAUAGAGAGUACUCUGCUGUCCGAAUACGGCCUGAUAAAAGAAACCGCGAAAAAGUGGGCUUUGCACCCGCCGCCGCAUUUCAAAAUCGUGUGGACUCUCCUUCUCCGCCGGAGACCAGGUCAAAUAGGGAUGAUGAUAUAGAACUCCCGCGGUUGCCAAGACAUCCCUUUAAAGCUAGCAUCGAGUAUACGAGAACUUCGCAUGAAGAUCGAAUUCGACCAAAUGAAGAAAACGUAGCAAAUGAUAAAUCGAGUUCUGUAGAAAACAGGUCUCGCUGCCAAAGUGGACAGUCUGAAAAUGAACAGUCGCCCAUUCCUGACCCGGUUAGAGUUGAAAAUGUAGCCGGAGUGGCGCGAAAAUAUAGCGGUGCUGAAGAAACUGAUGUUUUGAUAUGUGGCUACAAAUCUGUACCAUCUACGUCCGUCAAGCAAAAUUCAACGAGAUCAUCUCAUAAAAGUAGUUCGAGCGUUCGUUCUCGACGCAGCAAAGAUAAAAGGGGUUUCGAGGAGGGUGAUAAAAAACUUGAGGAAGCAGAAACGCCUAAGGAAAUUGAAAUUCAGCAGUGCUUUCCUCCAUUUUGGAUAAAUAAAACUGAUGGAAAGUUUUGGAAAAUUCGCCUGGUGUUCUAUAAUAUUGCUGUACAUCGAUAUUUUGAAAAUAUGGUGAUUUUCUUCAUUAUGUUGAGUAGCGUUGCUUUGGCUUUUGAAGACAUAUAUCUGCCGAAUAAACCAGCUAUGGCUCGAGUUUUGGAUGUCCUGGAUAAAUUUUUUUGCAUAUUCUUCACCAUUGAAAUGUUAAUUAAAUGGACCGGAUUUGGUAUCAAGUAUUACAUUACCAACGGGUGGUGUAUAUUGGACCUAAUAAUUGUGUUUUUUUCUCUUCUUGAUCUCGGGCUGUCAUUGAACGGGGGGGCGUCCGAACAACUAGCGUCUCUACGCGUACUGAGAACCUUUCGUGCAUUACGGCCAUUGAGGGCACUAUCAAGAUUUCAGGGAAUGAAGGUUGUCGUGGAUGCAUUGGUUCGCGCAAUUCCUUCAAUAUUCCAUGUGUUUCUUGUCUGCAUUAUCGUAUGGCUCAUAUUCAGCAUUCUUGGUGUAAAUCUCUUUGGUGGGAGAUUUGGCAGAUGUGUCAUGUUUACUGGAAGUUCAGGAGUGAUAUUGCCAAGACCAGAUAAUUCCAGUAACAACAGUGUUUUUUUAGAAAUUUCUGAUAUGUGCCUCCCCAAUAUGACAUUCCCUCUCAACGAUUCUUCUAUACCUGCAGUCAGGAACAAAGUAGAGUGCUUGGAAUGUGCCAGAUUAAUGAACACAUCGAAUAUUCAGUGGAUUGUACCUAGCAUAAACUUUGACAACGUUGGUCAAGGGUUCUUGGCACUUAUGCAAGUGGCAACUUUUAAAGGAUGGCUUGAAAUUAUGGCGAAUGCAAUAGAUAUUAUGGGUAUUGAACAGCAGCCUUCAUAUGAAGUUUCAUUUGAGAAUUAUGCGUACUUUUGCAUUUUUAUUAUUUUUGGAGCAUUCUUCUCCCUCAAUUUAUUCAUUGGUGUCAUCAUAGAUAAUUUCAAUCAGCAGAAAGUUAAAUGUGCAGGUGGAGAGGACGGAGUUUUUUUGACGGAUGAGCAAAAACGUUACUACAAUGCAAUGAAAAGAAUGGCGGCAAAAGCACCUAGUAAACCGAUACCUCGACCUAACUCAUGGUUCCCCAAUAAGAUCUACGAUUUAGUUACUGACAGAAAGUUUGAGAUCGUUGUCAUGGCAAUGAUCUUGUUAAACAUGGUAGUAAUGGCUGUUGAACAUUAUGAUAUGAGCCAGGAAAUGAGCGACGUCUUGGGAAAUUUCAAUUUAUUUUUCAUUUGCAUAUUCUUCGUUGAAGCUGUUUUAAAAUUGAUCGGUCUUCGUUGGUAUUAUUUCACGGUUCCGUGGAAUGUAUUCGAUAUCAUCGUUGUUGUAGUAUCCAUUAUAGUCAAAUGCCUCUUCACAGCUAGCGCGCUCAGUGACGCUAUUGAGAAGUACUUCGUGCAACCAACUCUGUUUCGAAUCAUUCGUCUAUUUCGCGUCACUAGGAUUCUGCGACUCAUCAGAGAAGCAAAAGGUAUUCGCACGCUUCUUUUUGCGCUGAUGAUGUCGAUUCCGGCCUUGUUCAACAUCGGAAGUUUAUUAUUCUUGGUUAUUUUUAUCUAUGCAAUUUUGGGCAUGUCUCAGUUCGCUUAUGUACAGAAGAUUGCUGGUGUUGAUGAUUUGCUUAAUUUCGAAACUUUUCCAAACGCAUUUCUCGUACUUUUUCAAGUUUCUACAUCAGAAGGUUGGAACACUUUUAUAGAGCCCAUACUACGCGAUAAGCCACCGUCUUGCGAUCCUGAUAUUCCAAACAGAACCGGCAAUGGCAAUUGCGGAAAUGCCACGGUCGGUGUUGCUUAUUUUGUCACAUACGUCCUUAUCACCUUCUUGAUAGUAAUCAACAUGUAUAUAGCAAUAAUUUUGGAAAAUUUUGAAGUGGCCACCAGAGAAAGUUCCGAACCGCUAACUGCGGAUGAUUUCGAACAAUUUUUUGAAGUAUGGCAACGAUAUGACGAUCGGCUGUCACAGUUUAUUACAUUUGAACAACUUCAACAUUUUCUACAUCAUCUUGACUUCCCUCUUCGAGUUCCAUUUCCCAACAAGGCAUUUAUAGCUAACGCUCGAAUGAAAAUUACACCAAACGGGCGAGUUCACUGUCUUGAAGUAAUAAUAGCGCUUAUAAAAAAGGUACUUGGAGACUCCCCAGAACUUGGUACAUUUAAAAAGGAUAUGAUGGAAUCUUUCAUGUUAAAAUGUAAAACGAAAGAACCGUUAGAAGAGGGAGAUACUAUUGAUACGAUGGAAUACAUUAAGCGUCGAAGAUCAGCAAUUGUUAUACAAAAAGCAUAUAGAAAAUAUAAGUGCGAACAACCGGAAAUAGAUCUCAACAGACCGUUCGCGUUAAACGAAUGUCAGUUCACUGAUAGAAAUUCCUCGUCGCCUACUACGUCAGAAUCCGAAGAAACUCUUUGACGAAGCAAUCUCUUCGGUUUCAUGCG